GAUACCCACCACAUUGGGUUUCAUAUUCCCGGAACCCUAGCCCUAAAACGAAAGAUGGUAUAAAGGUUCUUUAUUUGCAAAAUCGGCCACCGUUCGUUCGCCUUCUCUAGGUUUCUGUUAGUGGCGCAACAGAGCUCUCAACGAUGGUGAAUGUUCCAAAGACCAAGAAGACCUACUGCAAGAGUAAGGAGUGCAGGAAGCACACUCUACAUAAAGUCACUCAGUAUAAGAAGGGGAAGGAUAGUCUUGCCGCUCAAGGUAAGCGCCGUUAUGAUCGCAAACAAUCAGGGUAUGGAGGACAGACCAAACCAGUCUUCCACAAGAAGGCAAAAACAACUAAGAAGAUUGUGCUGAGGUUGCAGUGCCAGGGUUGCAAGCAUGUUUCCCAGCACCCAAUCAAGAGGUGCAAGCACUUCGAGAUCGGUGGGGACAAGAAGGGAAAGGGGACUUCUCUUUUCUAAGUGAUUGUCUUGUUUGUCUUAGUUUUGUAUUCUCUCAUUUUUUCUUUAUAUUAGAACUGGAAUGCUAUAUUUGGCUUGAACCCAAGUGGAUUGGUUUAUCAGCAUAUCUAGUUGUAAUGUUUCUGGUAUUUGAGAUUGCUGGUCUAUAUGAGGUACUAUCUAUGGAAUCAGUAUCAAUUGGCCCUUGUUCUUGAAAAUA